CGCAACAGAGGUCGUUACGGUACAGUGGGGGCGGGUGAUGUGGAUCACGACGAGGGACCAAAUCAUCAGUCCUUUCUUGCAAGGCUCGUUGAGAGGUCUUGCGGGCGUGUUCCUCACUCCCUUGCUCGUCGACGCAGGAGCAAGAUUUCGCGCCUGGUGGGCGAAAGGAGCGUACCGCGCGGACCGACCUGCACAGGAGGGCCACGGAGUGGGCUGGCUACGCAAUUGGAUCGGGAGCUUGACUGUAGCGGGCGGUCCGGCGGCACGUCUGUCAUGACGCAAGCAGCAGCUACCGUGCCUAUUCUCGUACACUACGUCUGGUUGAUUGAUCUUGUGCGACGCGAGAGGGAGGAUGCCGGGGAAAUCGAUGUCAUCGACCGACUCGGAAUCGUCGCUGUUUCAAAGCUCACGGACGUGUGCACUGCCGCUGACGCACUAUGUUAUUUUUGCGACGUAGUUGAUGCCGACACCGGGCGCUACUACGGACGUCCACUUCUGUAUCGUCGUUGGCAGUCGGAGCACUCCGGUUACCUCUCAUCUCCAUCUUGUGAGGGGUUUCACCAUUUCAGCAUUCCGCGUCAUCCUCGAGCUCCGACUUUGCAAGGCUUCAUCGUGGUCCUUACGUUACAAGUCGACCGCAGCGUGUUCAGUAACUCCAACGUGUUACGACUCCACAUCAAAUAAGCUUUUUGGCGGCGUGCACGCGAGGAAGCCCUCGAAU